AUGGACCUUAACCGCUACUUCAGCACGCGCCGGAAACACCCACAUGACCACCACCAUCCUCAUGAGCCCACCCAGCGCAAGCGACUCCCUCUCAUCGCCUCCCCUAUCAACAAAGAUGCGCUGCACGCAGUAUCAUCCUCCAGUUCAUCGGAUCUAGAGAAAGUCUCUUCUGACGGCACCUCGACCACGGCACAGACCCUGACCACUUCAGACAAGAGCUCGGCGAAUCCAGUGAUUUAUAAGACACACCAUGAGGCGAGCACCAUUGAGCUGUUCUACGAUUUGUUCUUCGUGGCAAACCUGGCAUAUUUUACGACGCUUAUAAACUAUCUGAAGCUAUUUACGCUAAUGUGGUUCACCUGGCUCUCCACCACUCUCUUCGACGUCCGCUUCGGCAUCGAUUCUGUCUGGAACCGGCUGUGCAAAGCGGUGCAGUUUGGCGCCUUCACUGGCUUCGUGUUCGCGGGCCCUGUGUUCGAUAACGCGGAUAAGAGCGAUGAUGCGAAGAGCUAUAAGCACUUUGCCAUUGUGAUGGCGGUUAGUCGCUUUGUUAUCGCGCUGCAAUACUUCGUUGUUACAGUCCAGGGCAGGCUGUUUAGGCAGACGCUUUUACCGGUUGGACUGAGCGGGGUGGUGCAUCUUUGUAGUGCGGUUGGGUUUUUGGUCACGUAUUUUGUGUUUCCCGUCGGGGAUUUAACACUGAGCAGGUUUAUCUUCACCAUCGUCGAGGGGCUAGCGAUCUUCCUCAUCGCGAUGGUCUGGCGCGUCGUCAGCUUCAAGUACACGCAUCUCGUCGAGCGAUGCCAGCUGCUUACUCUGAUCAUCAUUGGGGAGGGUAUCAUCGGCAUGGUCAAGAGCGUGUCAUGUAUCUUCAAGGGGCAGGCUACGAACAAUUCGACGGAGAUGGGGACUGUAGUUGCGGCGGUCUUGUUGCUUUACCUCAUGUGGAUGCUCUACUUCGACCAACUCUCGCACGACCGCUUCGGCACCGUCCGCCAACAGCUAUGGUCUCUGCUGCACUACCCGCUCCACGUCGCCAUUCUCCUCUGCGUCGAAGGCAACACCUCGCUCAUCGUAUGGAACUCGGCCGUCCAAGCCCUGAAAUGGACGUGGGAUAUCGAGCCCGCCAACUACUCCGAUCCCGCCGCGAAUUUCGGCUCCACGGACGCGUACAUUUCGUACCUGAACGACACCAUGUAUGACGUCAAUGCGCGCUUCAAGAGCAAAGCCUGGAACGCGACAUACGACUGGAACAAAAACUUCACAGCCAUCCGUAACUACACUGAUGUAUACGGCUUCCGGACGCCCGAGUGGAAUACCAGGACCGCGAACGUGACGCGUAUGAUGUUCAACUACGCCCAGGUCUUCGUCUUCGAGGCGCAUGCAGACACUUUGGCUAAGAUUUCCGCGGUUACUUCGCCGACGGCGAAUGCGAGGAUGAAACUCGAUGGCAUCUUUGACGUUUUCAACGUCACCGUACUGCAGUUUUACAUCGGCGCUGGGGCAAUGCUUCUAUUGCUCGCCAUCAUGUAUUGGUUCAACAAGCUGCACAAGACGAAGUACGAGUUCGGGGAGAUGAUCAACCGCGUCGUCGUCGGCUUCGGGCUCAUCAUUGCGGGCGUGGCUGUAGUGUUAGUAAACAAGAAGACGAGCGGGUUUAAGUUCGCAGCGAGUAAUUGGAUCAUCCCGAUUGUAGUCAUCAGCUUCAUACUAGGUACGUCUUUCUUUCUACUAAUAGCGGGGGUUUCGUACAAGGCAUAG